AUGCCUGCUUCCCGUGAAGACUCCGUUUACCUCGCCAAGCUCGCCGAGCAGGCUGAGCGAUACGAGGAGAUGGUCGAGAACAUGAAGUCGGUUGCCGCCUCCGACCAGGAGCUCACCGUCGAGGAGCGAAACCUCCUUUCCGUCGCUUACAAGAACGUUAUCGGUGCUCGUCGUGCUUCGUGGCGAAUCGUCUCCUCCAUCGAGCAGAAGGAGGAGUCCAAGGGCAACGAGGCCCAGGUUUCGAUGAUCAAGGGAUACAGGGAGAAGAUCGAGGCCGAGCUCGCCAAGAUCUGUGAGGACAUCCUCGCCGUCCUGGACAAGCACUUGAUCCCCUCCGCCCAGACCGGAGAGUCCAAGGUCUUCUACCACAAGAUGAUGGGUGACUACCACCGAUACCUCGCCGAGUUCGCCACCGGCGACAAGCGACACACUUCUGCCGACAAGUCGCUCGAGGCUUACAAGGCCGCUUCCGACGUCGCCAUGGCCGAGUUGCCCCCUACCCACCCUAUUCGUCUCGGACUCGCCUUGAACUUCUCGGUCUUCUACUACGAGAUCUUGAACAGCCCCGACCGAGCUUGUCACCUUGCCAAGCAGGCCUUCGACGAUGCCAUUGCCGAGCUCGACACCCUCUCGGAAGAGUCUUACAAGGACUCUACCCUGAUCAUGCAAUUGUUGAGGGACAACUUGACCUUGUGGACUUCGGAUAUGGACAACGCCGAGAAGGAGGAGGCUCCUGCCGCCGAGACCAAGGCCGAGCCCAGCGCAUAA